CAACAGACAGCCGUCGGAACUGAGACAACGUUGAAACGAGAUAUCGCUGAAGUAGCGGAGUCACUGCCAAACAUUGCAACCAUGGAGUGGACCCCGAUGGAAAUCAACCCCGAGAUGCUGAACAAGAUGAUGAACAAGCUAGGCGUGGGUGAGAGCUGGCGCUUCGUUGACGUGCUGGGGCUGGAGGGCGAUCAGCUCUCCGCCGUCCCGAAACCAUGCUGUGCCUUGAUGCUGCUCUUCCCCCUGACGCAACAGCAUGAAUCUUUCAGAGCGCAGCAGGCAGACAAGGUUACAGGAGGCUCUGAGGUUUAUUUCCUGAAGCAGACAGCAGUCAAUUCUUGUGGCACCAUCGCCCUGCUGCAUGCUGUGGCCAACAAUAAAGGCAAACUGACUUUUGAAAGUGGCUCUGCCCUUAAGAAAUUUCUAGAUGAAACAGCAAACAUGUCUCCUGAUGACCGUGCCAAACAUCUGGAGAAGAACAAGGCAAUCUGUGAGGCUCACAAUGAGGUUGCAGUGCAGGGACAGUGUCGGCCAGAAGCCGACAAAGUCAACUUUCACUUUAUUGCCUUUGUCAAUGUAAAUGGACAACUUUAUGAAUUUGAUGGGAGAAUGAAUGGAGCAGUGAGCCAUGGAGCCAUCAAGGAAGAGUCUUUUGUAACGGAUGCGGCCAAAGUGUGUCGUGGAUUUAUGGAAAGAGAGCAAGGCGAAGUUCGUUUCUCUGCUGUGGCUCUUUGUCGCAGUUAGAUAUUCAGCAGGACACCAAAUCAAGCAAAUUGUAAACCAAAAUGUCUUGGAGCAUCCAUAAGGCAAACACAAUCAACAGGCACCCAGAGCGGCCUGUGUGCACAUACAUCUGCAGACACUAUGCACUAUAAAGCACAUAUUGUUUCCACAUAUUGCUCUCAUCUCAUGAACAAAGCAUUCUUUAGCUUUAGCAAAUGCACACACAAACACAAUCCGAUUCUUUUGUUCUGCCGACACUAACUGAUACAAGCUUGUCCAAACUCUAUGUGAUUAUUGUUUAGCCGUGGAAAUUGUAUAACAUAAGGUCAGGUCUCACCACUGCUUGGGUGCAUACGUGUAUCUGUCUUGUUGCAACUUCUUUUUCUUUCUGUGUGUACUCACUGGUGCAUCUGUGUCAAACUCAGAAGUCUGAUGCGUAAAUACCUUUUGUGCCAAUAAGAGUGAGACGGAAAAGGCGAACACUUGUUUGAGGAAACUUUUUUUCCCCUCCUGUUCCUCUGAAUGCCUUUGGUCGCUGUGUGGUUGAGUUUAUAAGGAUCUGACAUUCCUCAGAAUAGCCCAAAUGUAUCCGUAGGAAUAAUUUAACCAUUGUUCAGAGCAUGCUCGCAACCUUUAGAGUGGCGUUCUUGGGUGACAUUCUGACAUUUUUCUCAAAAACUGAGGUUUUCUUUGAGAAGUUAGAAAAUCUGAGUCUCCCUUUGUUUAGUUCACUGCUGUUUUAACAAAUGCACUUUAUUUGAAUUGAGUUUACAAUCCACAAAUGGUCAAAUACACGUUAAGUGUGCUAGUUUAACACAGAUAUAACAUCCAGUGAGGAAGGAGACCAUCCAAAUAAAGUGCUACUGUAUGUGGGGUUGUUGUCGUGUAGUGCAGGGUUAUUAGUAUGUCUAGGCUGUGUUCAAACUGUUUACCUUUCUGCACUUUCUAAAUCCUAUGUUGCUGUAGUUCUACUGGUAAUGCAGCUGUGGGAAUUCAAUAAAGCAACCAUUAAACUUAAA